UACAUCAGAUUCUAUCACCAAUGCAAGUCCAGUGACGCCUCCAAUAUCUUCACCUAACCAGUUUCCCCCUCAACUGACGAUUCUUCCUCGAGUGGAGUCCCUUAUUAAUUCACCAACAUCUCCUGCAUCACCUAAUCAGCCACUGCGUACAGCGAGUGAUCAUCCUUUUAUGAGGGAUGAAGUCGGAAGGAAAGUCAGAGAAGCGUCAGUCAUUACGGGACAUGGGUUGGGGAGAGAUUUAGAACAUUUGGGAAACGGGGAUGGUGAGAAAGACAAAGAUAAAAACACCGAGUCGGAGGAGAACGUGAAGACAAAAAAUGAGGAG